GGCCUCACUCAGUGUCCCUCAGGGCCGAUCGACUUGGCCAAGCCUAGCAUUAAUCAGUUCGCCGAUUCAAGUCCCUUGACCGGGGCGCAACAGCUGUUUACAAUUCCCAUAUCUGAUUGCAACGAUUCAGAAGAAAGUGCUUCACAUCACAAUCUAAUACGUAUGUCUGAGUCAGAUAUUGAAGGAAAACAGCAACAAACAGCAGAGUUUUGUACGACUUCUGCCGAGCCCCAGGCUAUAGAAAAUUCUUCCAUGAAGGUUUCGGACAACACCGAAGUCGCAGAAAGCAUGAUUGUGAUGGCCUUGUCUACGUGCGAUACCAGCGCUAUGAUGCCAGCUGUACCGAAUUUGGCUGGCCAGUCGACGGUAUCGGAACUUAUACAGACCUCCAUUCAGCAGUCUGUUGUGGAGGAGGAAGAAAUCGGAGCCAAACCAUCAACUACACCACUCCAGGUUCCUUCAUUCCAUAACGAGACCCCGCAUGCCAGGCAAUUAACAGGUACAUAG